AUGGCGAAACUAAAUCUUUCUCAAGUAGCUCUUGAAGCUAUUCGGACAAAAUUUGAAGAACCAAUAUCGAUAAUCGUCUAUACCGGUGAGAUGGGUGUCGGCAAGAGCAAAUUUGCAUCGGUGUCUGCUUGUUGUCUCAUGACGAGAAAACCUACACAAUUACCAGAGCUUUUUAAGAGUGGAGGUGGUGGUAAUAGUGUUACACAAGGAAUUUGGAUGUGGUCAGAGCCGCUGCCUAAUCCCUAUGGUAAAGGGUCUGUUAUGCUACUUGAUUGUGAAGGUAAAGAGACUCAUUUGAACAAACUUCGACUUAUCCUCAUGCUUUUCCUUAUAAGGACCUAUCUUUCAUGUAGCAUUACCAUCACUCUAAAUUAGUGACCUUUAGGAUUGAACAAAACAUGCUGAUUGUUUAGAAUCAGUCACAAAAUUUGUGCAGAAAAUGUAAUUUAGAUUGUGACGUAAAUAUCGAACAUGUUCAUUAUCUAUAUUGUGGGUGUGAGUUCGGUUGAUUGUUAUUGCGAAUUAGGCUAUGCAAAUAGGUGGCUGUCGGUGUGAAGGUAAGUUUAUUAAUGUUACUGUGACUAUGGGUGUAAGUAGUUGAGACUAAUACAUUCAUACUUACGCUCACAGUCACGGUCACAGCCAAAUCCAUGUUCUACUCACAUCACACCCGACGUCCAUCCCAACAAUAGCGUCAGUCGGGUCCAAGGUUUUUUGAACCAGAACCCGAAUUCAAAACCUCGAUUAAUUAGAAUCUUUCGGAUCCGGACUUGAUUAGUUAAAUCAUUGAGAUCUAUACAUGUUUUUGUCUGAUCUCUGGAGCAUUGUAAAGGUUUCAUACGAUCAUAUGAUGCGUUAUAUGUUUCCGGGAAACUCCUUGAUUUUUCCGACACUGAUCGAAUUCUGGGACACAUGUUCAGUUUCCCUCGAAAGUAUCCAUGGAAAUAAUAGAUACGAUGGGCAUAAUGGACAUAAGCGUCGUAUUGCAUAUGAUCAUCAAAAUGUAUCGAGCUCUUACAUGUAUUCAAAAUGCUUGAAUUCUAAAAAAAUACGAAAGAUAUCACAUCGUAUCAGGUGUGGAUACGAAGGCUCAGACAAUAUCACACCAAGUGUUGGUGUGAAGAAAGGCAUCUUGCGGUGAGAGUCUCGCACAAUAUUGCACCAAGUGUAAGUAGGAAUAGCAAGUUACGAGUUCCCAGGUAACUGGUAACCGAGUAGUUCCCAGUUACUAGAUAACUGGGAACGGGCAUGCAGCUAUCCUUGGGCCCUCAAGACCUGCUAUAGGGGUGUACUGUUGGGUCCUCAAGGCCUACUACAGAAGCCUACAUAUUGGUCCUCAAGGAUUACUGUUUUCUCACAUCCUAGCGACCUCAGCUACAGCACUCCUUGUUUAACUGUUACAAAACAUAGACCAAUCAGAUUUCAGGAAGCAUUUUCUCUCUUAUUGUCAAGCAACACAGGCAUGUUCGACCUGAUCAUGGGGUUAUCGGGGAUGCUCUAUUGAUUGAUGGGUAUAUGUAGAAGUUUCUACCGAGUGGAACACGGCGAAAUACAGCCAGAGCACUUCGCCUUUAAGGUGCAACGGUAACCUGCUGUAGAAGGUUUUGAGGAGCCAAGACUAGUCCUAAUAGUAGACCUUGAGGACCCAAGGGUACCAUGUAUAAUAAUCCAGUUACCGUUCCCGGGAAAGCGGCGUCUGAACCGUUAUUAGUUGGCGGAUAACUGGUAACGGUGGCUUCCCACCCCCAGAUGUGAGUGCGAAGAAAUGAGUUUCAGAGAAGUACUCACACAACAUCGGGGCCGAUGUGAAUGCGUAAAAUGGAGUUGCACAGAUCAGUGGCAGGUUUAGGAGGAAGGCUUGGGGUGAUCGCUCCAUUCGAAGAAAAACUUUUUUUGAUUUUACCAGCAAAAAAUACUGAAAAAUAGAGUGCAUACGACUACUAAUCAACUUCAAAACUCGUUUUUUGAUCAAAAUCACUCCAUAUCUAUCAAAUCACCGUGUAUCAAAAAAAUCCUAGAUCCGCCACUGACAUAGAGAAGAGUUCACACGACAUCGCACCACAUGUGGGUACGGAGAAGGAGUUUCACCGAAAAGGACUCAUGCAACAUCGUGCCACGUGUGCGCUGAAAAAAAGGGAUUUCGCGGACAAACGCUCACAAUACAUCGUACGAUGCCAUCCAUUAUGUGCAUUAUGUUCAUUAUGUUCAUUAUGGCCACUGUUAAUAUCUUACAGCAUUCCUUACAGUAAAAUAAGUUUCCCAGAAACUAAUACAACGCAUCAAAACGUCAAUAAGUAAAACUCUAAAAAUCGACAAACCUCCAAUUUUGUAAGAUUUAGCCAUUCAUAACUUAAAUACAUUUUACUACGCAAUAUCAGCAAACUUUUUCAUAAAAGGUUAACUUUAUAUGCGAUUUUUUCUGAAAGAAUUACUUUUUAAUCCCAGUGAAAAAUUUUAGGGAUUUUCAAUCGGAUUUUUCUGCAACAAAAUCAAAAUUAAAAUCGAUUGAUAAUCUUGAUUAUUUUUGACUAUGACUUAACAAAUAUCUAUUAUUGUUACUUAUCCAGUAUGAAAUUUUUUGAUUAGAAUAGGAUUAUUUUGCAGCAAAAUCAAAAUUAUCAAUCGAUUAAUAAUUUCGAUUGUGUGACAGAAUAAUCCGAUUUUAAUCAGAAAAUUUAGUACUGGAUAAGUAAUAAUAACAAAUAUUAGUUAAGUCAUAGUAAAAAAUAAUCAAGAUUAUUAAUCGAUUUUAAUUUUGAUUUUGUUGCAAAAACAUCCGAUUGAAAAUCCCUAAAAUUUUUCACUGGGAUUCUGUUUAAAAAUUUAAAUUUUUGAAAAGCUUUCGAAAAGACCUGAAGAAAAGACGUCAUGAUAAUAUAAUAUUAACGAUUCAGCGCGGUUUCAUGGGUCCUUUUAAACAGUAAACGUUGUACAUUUGCUUCAUUAUUUUUUGAAAAUUCAUUUCAAAAAUACUAACCGUUCUCGUAUUUUAAGAUGCAUAAUAGGUUUUCAUAUUACAAUCGUAAUGGGUUUCGCUGCUUUUCUUUUCUACCUUUAUGCUUGAAUUGCCUGUUUGUUGUAAUCAGUGAAUAAAUAUCCGAAUAAAUUCCAAAAUAGAUUAUUAUUAUCAUGACUGUUUCUUUUCUAUCCAAAUUCGGUAAGUAAAAAGCCUUGAACUCGAAUCUGGUCAAUAAAGAGUGUAUGGACUCAACGAGCUCCAUCCAGGCUUACCAAAUCUUCCGAAAUAACAGGAAGAAUUCGGAAUUUUAAGAUUUUUCUGAAGGCCUUCGGAGUUUCCGAAGUCUUCCGAAUUCGACUUUUUUCCGGUUUUCUUCCGAAUUCUGAGAUUUUCUAGAUUUUUCAAUACCAUAAGAUUUGUUGGUCAUUAGCAUGCCAUCUCUUUUCUUACAGAACAACUGGAGAGUUAUUGUUUUAAAGUAGAUGCAGUACUAUAAUGUUUAUAUUUUAUCUUGAAUCAUUAAUCUGAUAGAUUAUGAACUACUGUCGGCGUCAGAAUUAAAUAGGGGUGGAUGCAGAACGAAUAUCUCGAGAACGACAGUAGCUAGCGAUCUAUGGUUUUCCCCAACUGAAAGAGUUGAGGUCGGGACGUCUUUUUCUCGGACAAUGUAUAAGAUGAAAUCCUUUUAAAAUUAUUGAUGUUCCAAAAACAUGCAAAAGAAUGUAUGAAAAUGACCUGACAUCUAGAUGAAAUUAAGAUUUUGACCUUUGAAUUAGAUACAGAAACUUGAGCUCUAUAAUUCAAGAUAGAAUGUACUUCCUUACUUUUCAUUAUAUUUUCACCGAAAUGUUACGCUACUAUGAUAAAAUGUACGAAAGUUUUGUAAAAAGAUUAGCAAAAUUCUCUAUAAUUUGUCCACGUAAAUACAUAAUUCUAUUUGCUCAUCGUUAGAAUAUAAGAAAAGAAUCAUUUGCAUUGUAUCUUGAACUAUGGAUCGGAAGCUCCUCUAUGUAUAUCUCGGAUCAAAAUCAAAGUUUCAUCGAGAUGUCAGGUUAUUUUCAUACAUUCUUUUGCAUACUUUUGGAACAUGAUUAAUUUUAAAAAGAUUUCGUCUUAUACAUUAUCAGAGAAAAAGACUUACCGACUUCUACUCUUUCAGGUAGUGAAAACCGCAGAUCGCUAGCUACUGCCCUUCUCGAUAUAUUCGUUCUAUACCCAUCCCUAUUUAAUUCUGGCGCCGACAAUAAAUUGAGUAUCUAAUAGUUAGAAAAGUAAUGGAAAAAAUAGAUUUGCUCUUGGGAAAGGUGCAUUGAAAGUUCGAGAGAAGGUGGUACUUAACUUAAUACUUUUCAAGUUUUACAUUUAAUAACCGACAACGAAUCUAGUGGUUUACAUGUGAGUAUUAGUUCAACGGAAGAAGAUGAACGAGAACUCCUCGUUGCAAGAAGUGAAAAAUGAUAAUUCAAAAGCUCGAUGUAAAGCAUGUUUGAAGUCCUUCAGUGUUCUAUACAUUAGUAAAGAAUCUUUUAAAAAAAUAUGAAAUUGCUUUUCAUAAAACCUAUGCCAUAUACUUUUCGAACAAAUCAAUAAAUAUUGUUCUUUUAUCUUCGUCGAGUGAGUCAGAAGAGUCUGAGUGACAGAAUCCCCAUUUCUGUACAGUAUAGUUCGGCAAAAUUUGUUGAAAACUACAGCAACAAGUCAUAAGUCCGACAAAAGUAUACUUUUUAUUGAUCCUAAUUAGUUUUAUUGUAAACAAGCAGUUUGAACUGCACAAUAUUUGAGUGUGUCUACAUAUGUAGAUAGCUUUUGAAAUUAUUUUCUCCAUGGCGUUCAUUUUCAAGAACCUUAUUAGUUUUAAUAGGAAAACAAUUGUUCUAUUGUUUUUGUCCUAUGAGUAAAUUCUAUAAGAAUAAAUAAUGAUACACGUAGGCAGUAUUUUCCUCACAGUAAAACAGUGAGGUUAUACUCCCAAAUCUUUAAAAAAUUAUUUCGGAUUCUUUUCCUAAUCUUUUGAAAAAAAUUUAGAAUUUUCCAAAUUUCAGUAUACAAAUUACCGACUAUUAACUCUUUAAUCUGGCAACGCUGGCCCUAUCCAACACCCAUCACCUACUAUUAUGUUUCACACUAACCAUCCACAACCAUAUAGAUACAUAUACUUCAUAUACCAUGUCCACAUCCUUGUAAAUUGAAAUAUGUAUACAGCAGUCUUCGAUAUUUUCAUAGGAACCUUCGUUAAUAUUACACGUAAACUUUAUAUUUUAUGCGCAGGAAUGGGUUCAUUUAACGAGCAUCUUGGUGCCAACUUAUAUCUUUUCUGCAUGAUAAUCAGCACAUCGUUCGUGAUCAUUCUGAAUUCACCAAGAGUGGCGGCUAAACAAAGUGAACGACUAUAUCAUGCUCUAUUGCGGUAUCAACAAAUGAAAGCGUGUCAACAGCAUGUGCUUCCUAAUGUUUGGUUGCUUCUGCAUGCGCCAGAGUACGUGAAGAGUGGUGAUAAUGGAGACAUCAUUAUAGACAAAUCGGAAUGGCUUGAAAGCGCAUUCGCCAUUGAUCCUAACAGUCGGCAACAAAUGUCGAACACAGAACUACAAUCCAUCCAAGAUCGUUUUAGCUUCAUCAAUCGUAUGCUACCCUAUAAAAACGUUGUCAAAAUAGGCUAUCUUCCCGAUUCACUGAAAGACAAUAAUCCGAAGAAAGACAUGUGGGGGCUUUUAAGAGAACCCAACUGUGCACAGUACUUUCAAGCGGUACAGAAUGCUCUUAACGCAUUGUUGUCAAGCGGUGGCAAAGUAAUACCUGGGUCUGGUAACGACAAUCUUUACAUUCGGGCAGAUGAGCUGGUUGACUUUAUGCAGAAACUCAUUGACAUGAUUAAUAAUGAUAAAAUGCCCAACCCAGAUUCACUGAUCGAACGGUUUUUACGCUCGCGCUUUUUGACUGAAAUAGCAUGUAAGGAAAAAGAGAACUUCGAAUCAUCGUUUUGCACAUUUGCAUCUGAAACUAUCUGCGCGUCCAUAAGUAAGAAGGACAGAAUUGAGACAGCAAAAGAAAAGAUCGAGAACGAUAAGAAAAUGGCGACUGAACACGAGCGUCUAUUGAAUCACGCUCUGAGUUCGAUGAUUCGUCGGGCUCGCUGUGAGAUUUUUGGUUUCGAUCAAGCAGUCGACUCCCAGGAUUAUAGAGAUGCGUCAGACCGUAAGAAAGCUAGUGAGGCCCUACCCGUAACGAUUCGAAAUGAAAUUGAAGCAAUAGAGAAAGCAUUGAAAGAGUUCUCUAAACCGGAAAAUUUGGUAAGAAGUACGCGGCUCGCUAAACAGGAAGAAGUUAAUCAGAAAAAAAUUCAACAGCUCGAAGAAAUGACGAAGAAAAUUGAAUUAGAUGCGCAACGCCUAGAAACAGAGCGUCAGGAAGCAGCGCGCCAAGAGGCUGCCCGUCAGGAAGCACUGCGACAGGAAGCUGCUCGGGUGAAAUCGAUGCGUCAAGAAGCAAUGCAACAGGAAGCUGCCCGUCUCGAAACAAUACGACAGGAGGCUGCCCGUCUGGAGGCAUUAUGACAGGAUGCAGCACGUCAAGAACAGGCAAAUCGAGAGUAUUGGUUUAACAUGACAAAUACACGUAUGCAAGAACUUACAGAUCGAGAAAAUGAUUUUAGAGAAUAUGUCGGGAAAAGGGAAGCGGCAAUCGAGAGAAAGCAUCGAGAAUUCGAGCGGACGCAGCGAGAGCAGUCACGUGCACGAAGUAAGAGUAAACAAGUUGAACGCUCACGCUCACGCAGUGCAAGCAGGAGACGUUCUCAGAGUUCCUGUGAGAAAGUGCUAAUUAAAUGUCCAAGGUGUAGUUUUGAAGAAUAUAAAAGUUUCCAGCACAAAGAUGAAGGGGAAACAUGUGGUUACUUUGAAUACAGUGGGAAUACUGCAAUUUGCGCAACCUGCGGCGGUCGGAAACCCAUCAAGAACUUACGUUGUAGCUGUCGUGAUUGUGGGCAUAAAUUUAAAUUUGGAGAGAAUUCUUGAUGCUUGGCUCUUUAAUUUCUGCUAGACUUACACUCUCAGUUUUGUACCUGUCUUUUGGUUUUGCAUGGAUAGUGGCUGUACCAUCUCGUUCUAAAUAAAAGAAUAAUGUUUUGCCUUAGUUAUGCAGAAAAGAUGUAGAAUAUCGAGGUGUAAGUAUGGGCGUCCGUGGCGUUAAUCUGGGUGUGGGUGAGGUGUGGGUGUGGGUGAGGGUGGUUGUGGCGUGGGUGUGAGUGGGUGGGUAUGGGUGUGGGUGGAUGUGGGGUGGGUGUGGGUGGGUGUGGGGUGGGUGAAGGUUUGGGUGUGAGUAUUGGUGUGAGUGUGGGUUGGGUGUGAGUGUGAGUGGGUGCGGGUGAGUUUGGACCUGUAGUUGUCGUUUGGUAUGGAUCUUUGUGAUAAUUGAACGAGUAACGAAUUCACAGACCUAUAUUAGCAAUCACAUCCCCACUCUUCCUAUGGCUUGAGUCAAGGACAGAAGGAAACGAAAUUAGUUCGUAUGGUUUCUCUGAUAAGGGUGUGAGUGUGGGUGUGAGUGUGGGUGUGAGUGUGAGUGUAGGGUGUGGGUGUGGGUGUGAGUGUGGAUGUGGGGUGUGGCUGUGGGGUGUGGCUGUGGGGUGUGGCUGCGGGGUGUGGCUGUGGGGUGUGGCUUUGGGCGUGGGGUGUGGGUGAGUGUGGACUGGGUGUUGGUGUGGGAGCGUGUGAAUAUCGAUGUGUAUGUUUGCGUUAGUCAGCAUAAAAGAGGAACAACGCCCCAUACCCACACCCCACAGCCACACCCCAUACCCACACUCACACCCCACGCACACCCACACCCCACACCCACACCCCCCACCCCCCCCCCCCCCCCCCCCCCCCCCCCCCCCCCCACCCCCCCCCCCCCCACCCCCC